CUCAAAUCAUUCAUCAUCUAAAAGGUUUGAAUUCUAAUAAAACAGUUUGUGUCAAGUGGAUGAACAUGCCGUCUGUACAGGUUAAAAACUUCACCAUCAAGUUACGUCUUAUUUGAGUAGAAAAUAAAUGAUCAAGGUAGUAUUUCAAGAAUUUUGUACUAUUUGUUCUUAGCUUUGUCUGAAACAUAGCUAGCUACACUAGGACAGGAAAUACGAUAAUUAGGCAAUUGUCGGCUGUAAUAAGCUUGACAUUUCUUGAACUAAUACCAAGUUUCAGGAGACUCCUAAUAACUCUAAGUUUGGUCCUCACGCAAGCAUUCCAAUCUUACCUUUUUAAAACGAAAACGUUUUAUCUAAUACAUAUAUUUCUGGAAAGGGGCAAUGACAAAAGGAUUCAAAAGAAAACAGUCGGGAGUCAGGUGAUCAAAAUAACCGGACACCGCCGUAUUUCAUAAUCUCUUAUUUGCCCAGUCAAAUAUUUGAUGAUAUAAUUAGGUAUCCGUCAAAUUGAACAGUUAUAUCUCUCUGUUUACAGUUAGCUCUAAACAUUUACCGGCUCUUUGUUUCCUUAAGUGGAAACAUGCGAAGGUUAUCAGACAAACCUUAAUUGGCUGUCAAAGAGAUUAAUGGUGUCCGGAUGUUGGUAUUACAAUAUUUAGCAGUCGAUGGCUUCGUUUAGCAUUGAUGCAAUAUUGGGAAAUUCUGAGCCAAAACAUGAAGACUCGAGUCCCUUGCUUCAGUACGCGACAAGAGAGGACGAGUCAGGCCGGAAAGAUAAGAAAGAAAUCUGCGCAUUGGAGAAAGAAGAGCGAGAGAAGUCAGUGACCGAAUGUCUCAGCGAAGACGAUGAAACAGGAUCCUCGGGUCAAGAAAAUCUCUACAUCAACAAGAUUCGAAGAAGACGGACUGCGUUCACCAGCAGCCAGUUAAAGUCUUUGGAGGAAAAGUUUCACGACAAGAAAUAUUUAACAAUUACGGAAAGAAACAGUUUGGCAAAGGGCCUUAAUCUCACGGACACUCAAGUGAAAACAUGGUUUCAGAAUCGGCGAACAAAGUGGAAAAAACAAAUGGCGCCGGACUUUGAAGCAAGCUUACGGUGGGAAGAAAUGAACACUAUGUUUGGUCACUUCCAGACUGGUUUUCCUUGCUGUGCCGGCGAGAUUAGCACUCAACUGCAUCCAUUGCCACACUUUUAUAAUGUUGUACCCAGUUUUCGUCCUUCAUCAAACCUUCAAGUUGUUUAUUCGAACAUGUCCUUGCAUCCGCUCUCGUCGAAGUACGGUUUCAGUGGUUAAUAUACUACUUAUUUACCUGUAAUUAUUGCUUCAGUGGGUAAAAGUCAUAGCUCUGGCAACGACUUAUUGAUAAAAUUAUGCUGACGUUUACCUACUAAUAAGUAAAUAAGUUCGAGUACAAUUUGUAGGAAAGAAUUUCGUGCUGAUUAGUUAGGCGUGCGAGUUUACAUGAUCAACGCUCUUUCGUACAUUCCAGCACUUGAAAGAUCUUUAAAUUUGCUGAGUAAUAUGUGAAGUAUAAACAAACUGGACUUGCCAAAACUUCAAAUUGGAUUUGGCAAAAACGUGACGCUCUAACUUGUGAAAUAACUUCCCACUCACCAGCAAAAAGGAUGCGGGACAUCAAGCUGUUGAUAGAGUGACCACAUUCGUGAGAUCAACGCCUUUUGGUGGGUUUGGGCGGAAAUCAUCAGUUUUAAGCCAUAUUUCGAAUAUGAACCAUAACUAGACUUAGCUUUGUAGAUACACUUGGUAUGUUUACCUACUAUGAGGACAAAGUGUUACAUCACCGAAUUUAGCCAGGUACAGAUUGUAGAAAACAAGACAGAGCGCUCUAAAGCAAUGUGUUGUGCUCCAGUGAUUUAUUGAAUUUCUAAGACGUUCUCAGUUUAAAGUAAAAUUGUCUGUGUGUCUUUGUUUCAUGAUGUUUUUCCUUAUCCCUUUUAUUAGUCUGUCAUAUUCUUAAUUAAUUUUACUAUAAAUAAAACUGUAUCAGCAAAAAACAUUGCCAGGUCUGUUUGUUGGGAAAAGAGACAUUGAAAAGAAUAAUCACUUUUUUAUUUGGCAUCAACAAAGAAAUUAGAGUCUAGUUCAUACGAUCCAUGUAAUAAUAUACUUUACUAAAUAAUAAAAUUGCCUUUAUUCUCA